GCACGCCAAUCUGCAGCACUCCUCAUUUCCAGCGUCCGAACCCCCGCGAGUAGUGAAAUUGUCUAUUUUGGGCACUCGAUGAUGCUCGGCGGACGCGACAGGCUGUGAAAAGCUUCAGCGGCCUCGGAAGCGACUGCCUCCUCGCCGCCACGCCUGCUGUAACCCCCCAACCGCAGCCGGCAGCCCGCAUCGCAUCGCAACGACAGUGCACCCAACAAAGGCGCAUUGAACCCGCGCAAACGCAGGCCCUCUCCUCCAAGACGUCAUCGCCCAGCGUCGCGCAUUGUCGUGCCAGCUGAGACUCGCAUCGUGUGCGCGUUCUCCCUGCACAGCCACUUUCGCCGACAGUCCCACGUCUCACUCCCGACGCGGCGUGUGGCGAUCCUCCUUCACCACUCCCACGCGUAGAGGGGCACCAUGGGUCUCAUCAAGAAGAAAACCGCGUCGCGGGGCUCCGACGGGGGCGUCAAGUACGUCUGCGAUGUUUGCUCGUCAGACAUCACGUCGACGGUCCGAAUACGCUGCGCCAACAGCGCCUGCCAUGAGUAUGACCUUUGCGUGUCAUGCUUUUCCGACGCGAAACACUCCCGCGAGCAUGACCCCCGAACCCACGCCUAUCAAGUGAUAGAACAGCACUCCAUACCAAUAUUUACUGAGGACUGGGGUGCGGAUGAGGAACUGGCGUUGCUGGAAGGUGCAGAGAUAUAUGGACUGGGGUCAUGGGCAGACAUCGCGGAUCACAUCGGUGGCUGCCGGUCGAAGGACGAGGUCCGGGAUCACUAUGUCGAUACAUACAUCAACAGCUCCAGAUUUCCCCUCCCAGAGCACUGCAGUCCGGAAGACACGGAGCUCAGUGACCGAAUACCACGCGAUGUGUUCCAGGCCAACAAGAAGCGACGGAUAGAGCAUCGGAAGGACGAACAGAAAAAUGCGCCACCUGCUACGCCAAAGCAAAAGCCCACAGCAAGUGUGCCAGCUUGCCAUGAGGUGCAGGGAUAUAUGCCGGGACGGUUGGAGUUCGAGACGGAGUACUUCAACGAGGCCGAAGAAGCAGUGCAGCAUAUGCAGUUCGACCCAGGUGAUGGCAUCAAUACGCGGACGGGAGAGAUGGAGCCUGAGAUGGAGUUGAAGAUGACCGUUAUGGACAUCUACAAUUCUCGGCUGGACGCACGUGUCGAGCGGAAGAAGAUCAUAUUCGAGCACAAGCUACUCGAAUAUCGGAAGAAUGCCGCGGCCGACAAGAAGCGGACGAAGGAAGAGAGAGAUCUCCUUAACAAGGCGAAACCUUUCGCUCGGAUGAUGAAGCAUGAAGACUUCGAAAAAUUCUGCGAUGGAUUGUUGUAUGAACACAGCCUGAGACAAGCAAUUACGCAGCUGCAGGAGUGGAGGAAUAUGCAGAUUACAGAUCUCAAGGCAGGCGAGAAGUACGAGCAAGAGAAGCAGCAACGGCAGUCAAGAGGCCCCCCGCUUGGCCAGUUUGACCGACUGGCGUCUAACAGAAUCAGCAAGCCCACGCCUCCUUUCGAGACACCCUCCGCCUCCUCGGCAUUGAUAGCGCCUGAGUUGCCUCUACAGUUACGCCAGAAGAGUGGGCUUAGCACGCCACCUCCAGACCAGCCGAACGGUGCCAAUGGUGUUCUGACGCCGCAGCAGACGAAGACGAAGUUCGUGCCUAAGCAGUUGCCAAAUACAGUGCCCCUCAGAUUCGGCAAAGAGUCUGCGUCGGAUCUCCAGCUUCUUACACCGGAAGAGCAGGAAAUAUGUCGGGUCCUCCGUAUCAUGCCGAAACCGUAUCUUGCCAUCAAAGAGAACAUGAUACGAGAGGCUAUGAAACAGGGUGGCGCCCUCAAGAAGAAAGCCGCUAAAGAUGUCGCAAAAAUUGAUCAGGCAAAGACGGGGCAGCUGUUUGAGUUCUUCGUUCAUAGCGGGUGGGUUGCGCGGGCUUGAGGCUUGGAUCGGUCUGGGCAAGGCGCUGAACGGUUGAGGUUCAAUUAUACCCAGAAAGGUCAAAGGACAUUGCUUAGAUUGAGAGUGCAGCUUCGACAGACUUACUCGAGGUUGUUGAAUGGAAGAUGUGCAUCAUUAACCCGGUGCACGCCA